AUGGACGCUCUCAUAACCGCCGAACUCGCCAAACUAGACCCCUCAGUGCCAUUUCGAGCGACCAAGUCACACCUCCAUCACACCUGGGCAAAAACGUUCUACUCUCGACCGGAACUUUACAUUCAGCCCGAGUCAGUUGCCGAAAUUGAAAAGGUCAUCACUCUUGCUCGCAGAUGUCGCCGACGCAUAGUAACCGUCGGCAGUGGUCACUCGCCGUCUGAUCUUACCUGCACGUCAUCAUGGGUUGUCAACCUGGACAAUUACCGUCGGGUCCUCUCGUUUUCGCGUGAUACAGGUGUUGUUACGGUUGAGUCUGGUAUACGGCUGAGACAGCUUGGCAUUGAGCUGGAGAAGAAUGGACUGAUGCUUCCUAAUCUCGGCAGCAUCGAUGAGCAGUCUAUAGCAGGAGUGAUUUCAACGGGGACACAUGGCAGCUCACUCAAGUAUGGCUUGCUGUCCGAACGUGUGUUGGGAUUGUCAAUAAUGCUUGCGAAUGGCCAGGUUGUCCGAUGUAGCGAGGCGACCAAUCCGUCGCUGUUUCGUGCCGCCCUGGUGUCCCUUGGAGCCAUUGGUAUCAUCACGGAGAUGACCUUGCAGGCAGUUCCAACUUUCAAUAUCGCCUGGCAGCAGUCCCUGAAGACAUUGCCACAGGUAUUGGAUACGUGGGACUCUGGCUUAUGGACAUCUACGGAGUAUGUGAGGGUGUGGUGGAUGCCUUAUAUGAAGCGCGCGAUUGUCUGGCGUGCGGACAAGACCGACCUCCCGACUCGUGAUCCCCCUGCAAGCUGGUACGGUGGUGCGUUAGGUUACUUCAUCUACCAUAACCUAUUGUAUCUCUCCAACUACGUGCCCCGGAUCUUGCCUUGGGUUGAGUGGUUUGUGUUCGGCAUGCAAUAUGGUUUUACGCCCGGAAAGACUAUUACGGAGGCAGUUCAACCCGCUCGCACUGGUCUGUUGAUGGACUGCCUGUAUUCUCAAUUUGUGAACGAAUGGGCACUUCCAUUAGAAAAGGGUCCAGAGGCCAUUACCCGACUGUCCGCCUGGUUCCAUGGCGAUGAGGAAACUGCACGUAUACCAUUUAGUUCCGAGUCUGUCUGGGUACAUUGCCCCAUUGAAGUACGUGUCUCCGAUACUUCGAUCUCAAAGACCCCUCGCCCGUACCUGGACUCCACUUAUCCUGAUGGCCCUACUCUCUUCCUCAACGCCACUUUAUAUCGGCCUUAUCUGCGUGAUCCUCCUUGCAGGGAAAGGUACUAUGAGGCAUUUGAAUGGCUCAUGCGGGAGCUAGGUGGGAAACCACAUUGGGCUAAAAAUUUUGGAGAAGACCUUGGGUAUGAGGCCCUCCGAGAAAUGUACGGGGACAGCUUGGAUCAAUGGCUACAGGCCAGAAAUGAGGCUGAUCCUGAUGGAAUGUUUCUGGGUGCGUGGCACAGAAGACACCUACUUCCCCCCUCUACAGCUGCAUCGAAAUCACCUGGCCAGACUUUAGCGUUUGAAGAACAGCUCAAGGAGCAACGGGUGCUAGGUGCUCCCGGUGCCGGGGAUGGCAUUGAGUGGAUUGGCACUAUCCCCGGCUGUACCCCACACGGCAAUGCGGAUAUGGAGGACGGUGCGAAUGCAGCCGGCAGUCAUCCAAGCCCACCAACAACCUCUGCAAGCGAGGAAAGUUUUGACCACCUCGCGAAAGGGGAAGCAAGCAUCACUCUGCCUUAG